CUUGAGCUGCUACACUGGACAUCUCAUCGUGCGAAAUUUGCAAGACAGCCCAAUCAUGUGGAAAUGGCUGCUUUCAUGGUUGUCGCAACCAAGUGUCGAGUACCAGCGAAGAUGGCCUGAGCACCGAGAGGCCAGUCCUCGCGCAGACGGCAAUUCAGCGCAUACGCGUCGGACUCGCGUUGCGGAGAAAUCAGUAACACGGUCUCCCAUCUUUUUCUACGACAGGGGCCAGCCAUACUACGAGUUCACCAACUUCUCACCUCACUCCGUGUGGUAUGAUGGAAAAGAGUACCCUACGUCCGAACAUCUAUUCCAAGCGCACAAAUUUUUCAACAAGGCCCCUCACCUGGCGGAAACAAUUCGGAUGCAGCCCACGUCAAGGGCAGCUCUGGAGGAAGCUAGGCGUCUUCGCCGCCUUCAGCGGAGCGACUGGCUCAAAGUGAACAUUCACUGCAUGGACGCCGUCCUCGAGGCGAAAUUCACGCAGCAUCCGCGGCUGCGCAGCAUGCUCCUCUCGACGGGCGACCGAGAACUAGUUGAAGCGAGCCCUGUGGAUGCAUUUUGGGGCUACGGCGCGGAUAAGCAGGGGCGAAAUGAGCUUGGGAAGGCUCUAAUGAGGCUCAGACAGCAAUUUCGUGCUCAAGAAGUGAUGGUCAGAGGACGCUUGUAGCUUGUAAGCUUGUCAAGAGCCUUCAAGUUGCUGUCAGCGGGCGUCUACAAUAUGUUGGCAUCAGUGUUCAGUGGUGUCCCAAAAAGGCAAGUCUUCCAGUUCGACAACGGCCCGGUACAGUACAGUCUCUUUGUAUGUCUCUGGACUUCCUGAACCUCCACGUUCAUGUUAUAUAUAUAUACCACAUGCAUAAGAAUGAGAUCAGCUAGAUUGCAGAUCAUUUCUUA